UCCUGGGAACGGUGCAGGCCGCGCGCCUCGCUUUCCCUCAGCCGGCCUGGCCCGCGAGAACGUUCUGACGCCCCCGGGGAACGCCUUCCACCGCGCGACACUGUCCGGGGAACGCUCUUAUCAUCCCUCGUUGCCAACUGCAGAGCAGCGGCGGGGAGCAUGCAGGACUACGACGAGGUGACCGCCUUCCUGGGCGAGUGGGGGCUCUUCCAGCGCCUCAUCUUCUUCCUGCUCAGCGCCAGCAUCAUCCCCAACGGCUUCAAUGGUAUGUCAGUCGUGUUCCUGGCGGGGACCCCGGAGCACCACUGUCGGGUGCCGGACACAGCGAACCUGAGCAGCGUGUGGCGCAACCACAGCCUCCCGCUGCAGCUGCAGGACGGCCGCGAGGUGCCUCACAGCUGCCGCCGCUACAGGCUCGCGACGAUCGUCAACUUCUCGGCGCUCGGGCUGGAGCCGGGGCGCGACGUGGACCUGGAGCAGCUGGAGCAAGAGGGCUGCCUGGAUGGCUGGGAGUUCAACCAGGACAUCUACCUGUCCACCAUCGUGACCGAGUGGAGUCUGGUGUGUGAGGAUGAUUGGAAGACGCCCCUUACUACCUCCCUGUUCUUCGUAGGCGUGCUCCUCGGCUCCUUUGUGUCUGGGCAGCUGUCAGACAGGUUUGGCAGAAAGACCAUCCUCUUCGCAACCAUGGCUGUGCAGACUGGCUUCAGCUUCCUGCAGAUUUUUUCCAUCAGCUGGGAGAUGUUCACCAUGUUAUUUGUCAUCGUCGGCAUGGGCCAGAUCUCCAACUAUGUGGUGGCCUUCAUACUAGGAACAGAAAUUCUUGGCAAGUCAGUUCGUAUUAUAUUCUCUACGUUAGGCGUGUGCACAUUUUUUGCAGUUGGCUACAUGCUGCUGCCGCUGUUUGCUUACUUCAUCAGAGACUGGCGGAUGCUUCUGCUGGCGCUGACGGUGCCGGGGGUGCUGUGCUUCCCGCUGUGGUGGUUUAUUCCUGAAUCUCCCCGGUGGCUGAUAUCCCAGAGAAGAUUUAGAGAAGCUGAAGAUAUCAUCCAAAAAGCUGCAAAAAUGAACAAUGUAGCUGCCCCAGUGGUGGUUUUUGAUCCUGUGGAGGAGCUAACCCCUGUGAAGCAGCAGAAAGUUUUCAUUCUGGACCUGUUCAGGACUCGGAAUAUUGGCACAAUAACAAUUAUGUCCUUGCUGCUAUGGAUGCUCACCUCAGUAGGUUACUUUGCUCUGUCUCUCAACACUCCUAAUUUACAUGGAGAUGCCUACCUGAACUGUUUCUUCUCUGCCUUGAUUGAAGUUCCAGCUUACAUUACAGCCUGGCUGCUACUUCGAACCCUACCCAGGCGUUAUGUCAUAUCUGGAGUACUGUUCUUGGGAGGAGGUGUGCUUCUCUUAAUUCAAUUGGUACCUGCAGAUUACAACUUCUUGUCCAUCGGUCUGGCCAUGUUAGGAAAGUUCGGGAUCACCUCUGCCUUCUCCAUGCUGUACGUCUUCACUGCAGAGCUCUACCCAACCCUGGUCAGGAACAUGGCUGUGGGGGUCACAUCCAUGGCCUCCAGAGUGGGCAGCAUCAUUGCUCCCUACUUUGUUUACCUUGGUGCUUACAACAGAGUUCUGCCCUACAUCCUCAUGGGCAGCCUGACCGUCCUGAUUGGAAUCAUCACUCUUCUCUUCCCUGAAAGUUUUGGAAUGACUCUACCAGAGACCUUAGAGCAGAUGCAGAAAAUGAAAGGGUUCAGAUAUAGGAAAAAAACAAAAGAUUCAAUGGAGAAAGAAGAAAAUCCCAAAGUUCUAAUAACUUCAUUCUGAUAAAAUUCCCACCCUAUUUGGUGAACUGAAAAACAGAUCCUAAGACUAUGAAGACACGAAAGCCUUUCCUGAUGAAAUGGACUGACUAUGAAGAUUAACACUAAAAUGGACCUUGCUAUUAAGAAAUGCUUGUCAUAUGGCAAACUCUGGAUCAUGCUUACAGAUAAGCUCCUUAUUUUAAAAAACAAACCAUUUCCAGAAAGUCCUCCGUACUAAUUAAUUCGAUGAAAUGGGUUUGUAGGAUUUUUACAAAACGUGUUGGUCAAGGACUGGUAAAUCCAUAUAAAGAUUAACAUGCAUUUCCAAAUACAAAUACUAUCCAAAUUUUUUAAAAAGUCAUUGAAUUAACACAACUAUCAGG